UUUACAAUUAUGUUUUUCAUUUGAUAACAAUAUGCAUACUCGUAAUUUAAGUUCAUCCUCUUUGCAUGUCUUUUGCCCAAUUCCAAAAUUUGAUAUUCUAUAUGUCGAGAACGGUCUCUUUGACGAUUUUACCUUUGAUAAAUAUCUUGGGAAAUAUGUUGUUUUAUUUUUUUAUGAUAUAAAGAAUAAUCCUGAAGUUUUCCCAGAUGAGAUUAUUACGAUAUCUAAAAACAGAAAAAUAUUCGAAGAAUUAAAUGUAGUGCUAUUAGCAGUAUCUAAUGACAAUGUUUUCACACUUACUUCUUUAAUAUUGCACAAUCAUUUAAUACAUUAUGAACAAAAUCCUGUUAAUCUUAAUGUUAACAUUGAUUUUCCAUUAUUGGCUGAUAAAAAUAAUGAGAUCGCAUUAUAUUUUAAUGUAUGGAAUUUUAAAAAUCCACAUCUUUAUCAAAAGAAAGUAAUAAUUAUAAAUCCUCAAGGAAUUAUAAAAAAAAAUUUUGAUUCAUCUAUUAAGAAGAAUAUUGAUAAAGUUAUUAAAUCAAUUCGAGAAUUUAAAUUUACUGAUGCUGAAGAUCUUCAUCGUAGAGAAAUUACGAGACGAAACAGGAAAUUUGAUAAGGCAAGUAUCUUUAUGUUCAAAUUAGCUUUAAAUAACCUUCUUAGUUUUAAUACUUUAUAA